AUGUGUGGUCGUUAUGCUUUAGCUUAUGACAGUGAGAAUUUGUCGAAACAAAUUGGUACUUUUAAUCUAGAGAUUAAUACUGUUGAUGAAACAGAUAAUGGUGGACAUACUGAUGCUUAUAACAUUGCGCCUACUCAAGAAGGUGCUGUUUAUCGUAACGAAGGUGAUACCAUGGGUAAAUUGAGUUAUAUGAAAUGGGGGUUGAUUCCCCAUUGGACAAAAGAUGUUACUAAAUUCAAAAGUUACAGUACGUUCAAUGCUAGGGUUGAAAGUUUAUUAGAGAGUAAGAUAUGGAAAGGCUGUUGCAAUAAGAAGAGGUGUGUGGUACCUAUAUCUGGGUAUUAUGAAUGGAAAACCAAUGGCAAGGGAAAGACACCAUAUUACAUAACGAGAAAAGAUGGGAAGUUGAUGUUUCUUGCAGGAUUAUACGAUCACGUUCAAUCUGUUGAUAUGCAUACUUAUAGUAUUGUUACAAAUGAUGCUCCUAAGGAAUUGAGAUGGCUUCAUCCAAGGAUGCCAGUAGUGUUAGAACCUCAUACAAAGGCAUGGGAUGCUUGGUUAAAUAAUGGGAAGAUACAGUGGACACAGGAGGAAUUGCAGGAAACUCUUGAAUCGAAGUUCAACCCAGAAACAAUACUAUGCUACCAAGUUUCAGCUGAUGUGGGUAAAGUUGCUAAUCAAGGGUCAAGGUUAACAAAGCCAAUUUUAAUGAAGGAUAAAAAUGCAUUGAUUAAACAGGAACCUAUAGUGAAAGCAGAAAUUAAGUCUGAGAUCAAAUCAGAAGAUAUACCAAUCAAACCAGAAGAGAGUCCGGUUAAAAAGGAAGAAAUUGUCCAACCUGAGACUCCAAAGGUUAAAAAGAGAAGUAUCAUUGAUUUGUUAGGAUCAAGUUCUGCCAAAAAACGUCAUAAAUGA